AUGGUGAAAGAAAUAGAUGUUGUGGCGAAAAACGAGAAGAAGAAGAGAUGUGACGGAACAAGUGAGAUAGAGAAGAACACGAGAGCUAUAUUGGAUCAGGUUGGGUUAGUGGAUGCUCUUGAUAACUGGUUCGAUGGAGUUCUCACCAUCGGCACUUUCGGUUUCGACACCUUGAAAUUUCAAGAAGAGGUAGACGAAGUAGAUGAUGAUGAUGAUGAAUGCGAGAGUGUGGGUCUCGACUAUGUCGUAGUCGAUGGUAGCAUCAUCAAGAACUUCGACCAAGAGUUGGAUCCUCUUAUCUCCAAUGAAAUUAAGUCAUAUGAUCAUCAUCUUGAUUUAGGGGUAUUGAACACUGAAUACUUUAACUCGAUCAAAGUCGUUGAAAGGCCGGUGAUUGCGGCCACGGUGGAGGCCGAGCUGGAGCCACAGAAGAAGAGGACAACACUAGCUGACCUUUUCAUGGAAGACCGUGACGAAGACGAUGACAAGUGGCAUAGCAAGAAGAAACCAAAGAACCCUAAUCUUGAUGAUCAUGAGGUAAAAUAUCAUAAACGAAAAGGUUCAAAGCUAAACAGUAAGUUCUCGUUUAGAAAGAAGAAAAUGGUCAUGUCAAAGUCCAAAGACAAAGAAGAAGAGCCGCGUCCAAUCAAGAAAGUGCAUCAGAUGAUAAAGAAGAUGCUGAAGAAGAAGAUCCAUCCAGAUAUCGAUGCGACUAAGGCUUUCAAAAAGGAUGUUCCAAACAAGCCAGCUCGGAAAUGUGAAUCUCUCGAGUCAUUUUACCUUCUUAACAUUCAAGAUUGCGUGGCCUAG